ACGUGCUGUCCUCUAUGGAGGCUAAUCGUCUCAGUCCAUCAGUAUGGCUGUGCUCCACGGACCUCCAGGCUAACUCCCUUCUCCCUGGUCUCCCACCUCUCCUCCCCAGGGUUUGCCUUUCCAGACUGGGCCUACAAACCCGAGUCGAGCCCCGGCUCGCGACAGAUCCAGCUGUGGCACUUCAUCCUGGAGCUGCUGAGGAAGGAGGAGUACCAUGAUGUCAUCGCCUGGCAGGGGGACUACGGAGAGUUUGUCAUCAAGGACCCUGACGAGGUGGCCCGGUUAUGGGGGGCCCGCAAGUGCAAACCCCAGAUGAACUACGACAAGCUGAGCAGGGCACUCCGGUAAGGAAACUCAAUGACACCAAGCGUGUCCAGCUCCAUGUGCUGUUUACACACGGAUCCUAAUGCACAUGGCUGUCUUAUGGCAGUGAUCCAGGCCCCAGUUACUCUCCAAGCUCGGGCUUAGGRCCCAGAUAUAGGGUUAUUGUUACGUUGUGCACGUCUGCUUGACACAACCAUGUCUCUCACACCUGCCUAAGCUGGCUGUU